UCCUUCCUUGCUCUACCUUCGGUAUUAUAUAUGCAUAUAAAUACAUAUAUAUAAUAGGGUACCUUGCCUUCAACUGUAUCAUAUUGAUAUAUAGUCGGAAAGAAUAUACUUUCAAUUAACUUGUACUCCAGUAUUUAUUUUUUAUAUCUCUCUUGUUCUAAACCAAAAGCCAUGGCUUCUGUGUGGAAGAAAGCCAUGGUUAUGGCAGUUUUCUUCUCUUCUCUGCUUUGCUUUUGCUUUGAUUUUUCUGAAGCUCAACUUCCAAGAUUCCAACACGCCCCCAAACCAGAUGGUUCUCUCAGCUUUUUGGUGAUCGGAGAUUGGGGAAGAAGAGGAUUCUAUAAUCAAUCUCAAGUCGCUCUUCAGAUGGGAAGAAUUGGAGAGAAGCUGGAUAUUGAUUUCGUGGUAUCAACUGGAGAUAACUUCUAUGAUAAUGGAUUGAAAGGUUCAGAUGAUCCGACAUUUCAUGACUCAUUUUCUCGUGUUUAUACAGCCGAUAGCUUGCAAAAACAGUGGUAUAUAGUUUUGGGGAAUCAUGACUAUAGAGGUGACGUUGAGGCUCAGCUAAGUCCAAUUCUAAGACAAAUGGAUAGCAGAUGGCUUUGCCUGCGAUCUUUCAUAGUCGAUGCCGAGAUUGUUGAAUUUUUCUUCGUGGACACUACUCCAUUCGUGGAUCAAUAUUUCAUUGACCCAAAGGAUCAUGAGUACGACUGGAGAGAUGUAUCACCCAGAAAGAAUUAUCUUAAAAAACUCCUUGCGGAAUUAGAAAUGGGUUUGGGAGAAUCAAGAGCAAAAUGGAAAAUCGUGGUCGGCCACCAUACAAUUAAGAGUGGUGGACACCAUGGCAACACUAACGAGAUCGUGACACAGCUCCUACCCAUCCUCAAGGCAAACCACGUUGACUUGUACAUUAACGGGCACGAUCAUUGCCUGCAACACAUUAAAAGCAGCAAUAGUGGGAUUCAGUAUUUAACAAGUGGUGGGGGAUCAAAGGCAUGGAGAGGAGAUUUUAAUUGGAUAAAUCCGGAUGAAAUGAAAUUUUAUCACGACGGACAAGGUUUCAUGUCGGUCCAAAUGACCGAAGCUCAAGUAGAAAUUGCAUUUUAUGAUGUGUUUGGAAAUGUUCUGCACAGUUGGAGCGCCUCCAAACAUCUUUCUCACUCAGCCAUCUAAAUUAAUUAGUAUUGUUUA